AGUAACAUUUUAGUUUUUCUCACUCUGUCUUUGUAAGAAUACUAUUGAAGAUGAAACUGAAGCGAUUUUUACUUCGAUAUUAUCCUCCAGGCAUUGUUUUGGAGUAUGAAAAGGGAGGAGAGAUAAGGAGCAAAUCUAUAGACUUAUUAGAUUUGUCACCUAGUUCAGAUGUUGAUGCUUUAGUUGAAGACAUUCGAAAAGCCGAACCAUUAAUAACUGCUUCUCGAACUGACCAAGUCAAGCAUUUAAUUCAGAGACUGCAGACAAAGCUUUCCCAACAGGAUGAUCACAGAUUUUAUCUUUUUAAGGUUCUACGAGCACAUAUUUUGCCACUCACAAAUGUUGCCUUCAAUAAAUCAGGUUCAAGUUUUAUAACUGGAAGCUAUGACAGGACAUGCAAAGUGUGGGAUACUGCAUCAGGAGAGGAGCUGCAAACACUAGAAGGACACCGCAAUGUUGUAUAUGCAAUUUCGUUCAAUAACCCAUAUGGUGACAAGAUUGCAACUGGCUCAUUUGAUAAGACUUGCAAAUUAUGGAGUUCAGAGACGGGAAAGUGCUAUCAUACAUUUCGGGGACACACCGCUGAAAUAGUCUGCUUGUCAUUUAAUCCUCAAAGUACACUGGUAGCUACUGGGAGCAUGGAUACAACAGCAAAAUUGUGGGAUAUUCAGACAGGAGAAGAAGCUGUAACAUUAGUUGGACAUUCUGCUGAGAUCAUCUCCUUGUCUUUUAACACAACUGGAGAUCAGAUCAUUACCGGCUCCUUUGAUCAUACUGUGUCAGUGUGGGAUGUGCAGUCUGGAAGGAAGUUGCAUACUUUAAUAGGCCAUCGUGGAGAAAUCAGUAGCACUCAGUUUAACUGGGACUGCUCACUUAUAGCAACAGGAUCUAUGGACAAAACUUGCAUGCUUUGGGAUGCCAGAAAUGGAAAAUGUGUAGGAACUUUAACAGGACAUGAAGAUGAAGUGCUGGAUGUCUGUUUUGAUUUUACUGGACAAUUUGUUGCAACUGCCUCUGCUGAUGGUACUGCAAGGGUAUACAGUGCUGGUACACAGAAAUGCAUAGCAAAGUUGGAAGGACAUGAAGGUGAAAUUUCUAAGAUUUGUUUUAACCCACAAGGAAGUCGUAUUCUAACAGGAAGCUCUGACAAAACUGCUAGACUGUGGAAUCCUCACACAGGACAAUGUCUUCAAGCACUAGAAGGACACACUGAUGAAAUCUUCUCAUGUGCAUUCAACUAUGAGGGCAACACCAUUAUUACAGGAAGCAAGGAUAAUACCUGCAGAAUAUGGCGCUGAGUGAAGAUAAUCCUUGACUGCCUUCGGGUAUCCAUGAACGUACACUGGGAUGUACACCUGGAUGACUGUGUUGGUCUCUUUCUCUGGACCCAUUUCAGUAGCUCUUACAAGUGUUCUUCAGGAUCAGUUCUCUUUUGCAUCCUUGUGUUGUAGGGCUGUGCUGUGUAUUGAGACGUGGAAGUGCUUGAUUUUACAUCAUCAUUUUUUUAGAACUGUUUGUUACGUGAAAGUGCCACAGAUAUUCAGUCAUCUGCUAAAGAAAUUAACCUCCUGAGGUUUUUGUCAUUUAUUAAUAAUUUGUUGCUAAAAUUAGUGUUUUGUGUCAGUUACUUACAAUAUUUGUAUGUGUUUCUGAGCAAUGUUUUAGCAUUAGUAUACUAGUAAUACAUUUUGUCAGUUUUGUUUUUGACAUUUUUUCUAGCAAAUUGACUAACACUAAAUUGAAGAGUAUAUUCCGGUUUUAUAAUUUGUAUACAAGUCAAUGCUGGACCCUAAAAAUGUUAUAGAUGGGUGACAAUAUCUUCAUUCUGCAUCUAUAAUAAUUAAAAAAAAAGUAGUAGUAUAGAGA